AUGGUUCAAUCAGACAAAAUCCCUUUCUCGGAAGUCUUUCCAUGGGCCACCUUCCGCCGACAGGCAAAGGCGGACCUUGCACCACCUACGACGAGCUUCGAAGGAAAGACAGUCCUCCUAGUUGGCGCCACCGGCGCAAUCCUUUCAGAAGCGGCCCGGAUUAUUACCACCCUCAGUGUCUCAACUCUCAUUUUGGCAGUCCGAAAUGUCGCAAAGGGCGAAUCCUUGGCUGAUGAACUGAGGAAAGCAAUCGAAGAGGGCUCUCGCCAACAGCCAAAAAUCACGGUGAUGGAAGUAGACCUCUUAUCCUUUGAUAGUGUUCAGACUUUUGCGGCCAGAAUCAACGAUUUACAGAACCGUAUCGAUGUGGUGGUCAUGGGUUCUGCUAUCAUGAAUGAUGAGACUAGAGUGACGGCAGAUGGCUGGGAAGAGACCGAUGGAGAAACUCAACCAGUGGUGCUCUGCAGUCUCACCAGCGCAGCAAUCCGCUCCGCAGCCCCGAUGGUCGAGCUCCCAGAUGAUGCUGAAGACUGCUACCUUGAGCAGGUCAGUAAUGUCAAAGACGCCGCUACACAGAAGAGCUACCAGUAUGGGCUUGCAAAGAUCAUUCACGCAUGCUGGAUCAGGGAGCUCUGCGCACGCCAUCUUACCGGCAGUAAUCCGAGGAUUCACGUUCACCAGCUGGAUCCGGGUGCCUGUUUCACGCCACUCAGCUCACAAGUUUUGAUCGGUCGGCUGCUGCUUUGGUUCAUUGGAUCGCAUGGGAAGUUGCUGGUUGAUUACGAUGUUGCUCCGUACCCUGAGUUCAUGGACAGGACACUCGGAUUGGAACUUCAACGGAGGGUCUGGCUAGAAACGAGCCAGGUGUUGGAGAGCUUGGUCACCCCUCAGGCGAAAGGUUUCCUCUUUGGCCAAAGUUCGUGA